AUGGCCAACCAGGAACCAGGCUUUCGGAAACACAUGCCACAUACCAAAACUAUCGAUUUUGAUCUCUGGAUCGAUUGUUCGAAGGCGAUACGAGUCCAAUCAGGAAAAUUCAUGAUAGCCAGUGAGAGUGACUGUCGGUCCUGGAAAUCUGACUCCGCCGACCCGGACAGCCGCAAUUUCGAAGCGAUAUUGGAUGGCUGGCUGGAUGACUGGGAGGGUGAUAGUACAAACGACGGGCGGAGUUUCAGCUGGACGCUUUGUCGACUAGUUUCAUUCCCAGAUGACGACUGCGCAGCGCUGAAGGCUCAUAUCAAGGGGCUGACGCGCAAAAUCGCCUAUAGUGGCUCUGUCGAGGUGGUGUUUCACACCCCUUCCACCGAACCAGGCGAUACCUUACCCGGGCAACAACACGGCGUGCACGUUCAAGCAGAAUGGAUGUUUGAAUGUCCGUUCACUCCUACAGACCAGGAAUGGAAUCAGUUGGUAAUGAAUGCCAUGGUUGAUCGCAAGAAGGGGUGGAUCUCUCCGCUUCCAAACAAUGAGCCAAAGCCAUCUCACGGGAUGUCACCAUUCCGAAGAGCUAUCCGCCAAGGGAAUACGUCUCGAAUUGUAUCGCAGCAGCAGGGUGCGGAUGGGGUAAAGCAUUCAUUGAGGCAAUAUUCACAGUGGGGCUGUGAUGGGUCAGCGUAAAAGAGGGUCUGGCAUCAGCAUGCAUGGAGUUGAAAGAUUGCUGUCACUGUUGUCGAAUGUAGUCAUUGGGCGACUGUGUUGUAUUGCUUCACUCAUUGUUAGAAGUCAACCAUCAGUCAGAUAAUCUAGACGGUCAACCUUUGAGCAGCAUGGUUCGCGAAUUCGAUGAUGUAAUGC